AUGUAUCUCACCUCUUUCCUCGUGACCGCCCUAGCUACUCUAGCCACAGCCGCCGAAUCGAGCACCUCAAAGCCAUACUUGGGAGCUGGAUUUGACUGGGCUUCCAAGAUCCCCAAUUAUCAAAGCACAGCAGCUAGCGUUGCUGGUAUCAAUUCCCAUAUUACCACAUAUGAGAUCUCAUGUCUGAGCAAUGCCCCUAAGUCGGUCUGCCAUAUUGAGACUCCCUGGACCCUCAUCCAGGGCUCCACAACCUUCAGCUUCACUGGACAAUAUACUGCUGCUACCACAGGAAAAGUUGGCACCGUGACUGUGUCCCGCCACUUUGAUUGCUCGUUCACCAGCACCAGCGUGUCUGCCUCUUGCUCAUUCCAGUAUCAGGUCACUGGCUCCAACAGCGGCGUUGAAUACUCCACUGCUACCUCCACUUCAACCACCAGCCUCCCCACAAAGUCAAUGAAGUACUACGCCAUGCCUGUCACUGGUGGUGUUUCUAAGUUGACCAGCACCCAGACAACUAAGACUACUGGUGCAGCUGCCAUGGUUACUGCCGCUCCUCUUGGAGCCGCAGCAGCUGUUGCCAUUGCUGCCAUGUUGUAG